GUUUGCACUGACACGCUACUGAACAUUAUAUGUUUGCAUGCGCUGAAAGUCUAGGUAUAAGGGGGAAAGGAUGUUGGCUGCAUAGAUACAAAUAAAAUAUAAAGUUAUAAUUGCGGAAAUGGGUUGAGGACAGAGGGCUUAAAAACAAGAACACCUCCAUUGGUAGGAGGGAAGAGGGAGCAGGUGGUAAGGGUAAAGUGAGAGAGUGGCAUAAGAGGAAUUCCAGCUGAUAUUUAGGCCACAUCUUCCCUCCCAAGACACAGAUUCUACAAGCUGCUUCCUUCACAGAGCCACUGACCCCAAGGGAUCCCAGCUGAAUUCGUCUUGAUCUCCCCAGGAACGAAGUAUGAGCACUGCUGGCAAAGUAAGAAACGGGUGUGCACUGGCAGCCAUGCUGAUUCAUGCACUGCUGUCUUCUCCCUUUAGUGCUGGACAGGGUGGUUAUGGGACCCUCCAGAUAACUCAUUUAUUGAGAAUUCCCUGUGAUUUGCUUGCACAAAGCUUCUGCAAAUGUUAGAUUAAAGCCAGUCUUUAUUAUGCAUUCAUUCCAAUUUGUUUGCAUGGAAAUUAUACGGCAACAGAGGCGGAUUUAGGGGAGCACAACUGGCUUGGUUGUAACUGGGCAUGAAGCCUCAGGAGUGCCUCAGGGGACACCGCAACUAUUAUUUAUAAUAGAGUGUGAGAGGAGUGGGUUGCCAAUUUUUGGUGUCACACAGGGAGCUACUGAAAUUUGAGACCCCAAGGUCCACCACUGAUGGCAAUGUGCAUUUCUCCCACAUUCACCCUGAUUUGCUCUCAUUAGUCAUUCAACCCAGUGAUGCAGUCAAAGGAGAUGUGCUCUGCUCUAGAGGGCUCUCCUUUUAUAAGCUGUAUAUCUGGUCAGUCUUGAUUACUGAAUUCAGGCCCUGUGCAUUAGUUGGUAAUCUGGUUUAUUAAAAGGGUUAUCUGCAGCUUACUGGUAGGGUUCUUAACACAGGCCUGCAGCAGAGCUGCUUGCAGGCAGAGGGAAGAGAAGGGAAAGGAGACUGAUAUCUGGGCAGUACUUUAGUGGAUGGCCAAAGACAACACAUAAAGCAUUAUAGUGCCCCCCAUACUUCUCAUCCUCCCUCUUCUCAUCCUCCCUCUUCCAGAAAGCUCCGCAUUCUUAUGCAUUUAUUUAAAAAACAACAAAAACAACCUAUUAAGGUUUAUUUCCAUUGAGAAGAUGCUCCAGCCCAGUUACCAUUUCUUAUGACUUAGGACACAUACACAGAUCAGAUACAGAUUGCAGUAUCUGUCUCUUCACUUCCAAAUUUAAAACUUGAUCGUGAACACCCCUUGAUGAUUUUUGGAUAGCAACCAUUGCUGGCUUGACCUCCCAUGAGUGUCCUUAAUAAAGAGAAGUGCCAGCUCAGAGAUGCUUUCAUGGCUAGUAUUUUCCACAGACAUGCAGAACAAUGAGACAGAGACAGAGUGAGAGAUAAAGAACCCUAGAACCCUUUAAAGAUAAAGAACCCUAAGGAGGCAGAACUGGGGUCUUGAACUUGCCCAUCAACACUUAGCAGCACCUGGGCUGCUAUGAUGAAAUAUUUUUUUCUUUAUAGCACAGUAACUAUUUCUAAAUUAGCAUGCAUCCAUAUAAAUCAACAAAUGCAAAUUGGUGUCCUUUUUUUGGGUGAUGCACUUAUGCUUUCUGGGUGAAAUUUCCUUUUCCUCAUUUUGGAGGAAGUGCAUGUUAUAAAUCAAACCAAAUAAUAGUAAUAUGUAGGCAGCUACCCUGUUCACAUCUGGAUAUCAUCUGAUUGUUGUGUAUUUUGUAAUACAGCUAAGAGUGGAUUGAUAUGGUCUUGGCAAUUCACACACAGUAGAAAUCAAUCCACGUCCAGCUGCUUCAUGGGAUGUGGCCAACAUAACAAUGGGAAUAGGAGUCAGCCAACAUAAUUUUGGCAAGUGCUAAAAACUAGAUUUGGACUGGAUUUGCCCCCAGCACAUUCUUCUGAAGUCUCGACACAUGUAAGACAUUUCACAUGGCUAAUUUUCAUAAAUGUAUGAUAGUUUCCCCCUCAAAUGAGACUGAAGGCCAACCUAGGCAUACCUAACAGGCAGCUACAUAUCUUGUUUUUCCAUAGCUAAUUACAGGGACGAGAGAGCUUGAUUCCUACGGUGAAGGCAACACAUGGGAAGGAGAAGCUUACCUCUUUUCUCCCUUGCCUUGAAUGGAAUGGAGAUUGGACUCCUCUCCAAUGACUAGGAACCUAAGAAAAAAAGUCUCCAGUUGAUACCACUGUGGUGGUGGUGGGGAGGCGUCUGCUACAUAUUUAAGCACAUGUCAAGACUGGCCCUCAAAGUAUCUUGCUGUAAAAACCAUUCAAUUGCUUAGCCCUAAAACUACAUUUCAGGGGAUAUGUUUUUAUUUAUUUUAUUGACAACCUGCUUAAUAAUUGAAAUAUAGAUAUAGAUAUAGAUUAGAUAUAGAAAUAGAUUAAAAAAACAAACCCUGGAGUUGGUUUCCUUUUAAUGAGGUAGCCAGAGACCGAUGGUACUUCUGCAACAGGUUUUAUUUACAGGCUAAGAUGAAAUGUUCACAGCAUUCACAUUGCAACUGGUCCUGUUCCCCCAUUAGCUUUCUAGAGGAACUCUCAGUGCUGUAGGCACCAGGUUUUCACAAAGAACAAGUCAGGCCUCUGUCUCUUUCAGAGUGACCUGGUUCUGUUACUGCCAAACAUACGUUCUCUUACUUUUACACACACACAUACCACUUGAUGGCAUCACCUCCAGCCAGGGGAGAUGGGGUUGAAGAAAGACAUGCCACUUUCCACAAGGAUCUCCAACUACUAGCUUCUAUUGCCAUCUUUUUAGUUGUGCAAAAGCCCAUUCACCUAGCCAAAGGUAAACUGCUAGGCGAAGUUUGUCUUUAGCAGUCUCUUUUUAUGCAGAAUCUGAUCUUAGAACUAUAAAAUAGCAGGGCUGUGGGGGCAGGGGAGCUCAGGGGUCAUUAAUACCAACCUUACAUUUCAGUUCAAUGGGUUCUUUUCCAGGUUAUUAAAUGCAAGGCUGCCAUUGUAUGGGAAGCAGGGAAACCCUUUUCCCUUGAGGAAGUUGAAGUUUCCCCUCCAAAAGAGCAUGAAAUACGAGUUAAGGUGAGCAUCCAAAGAUCUGAGAAACAUCUUUAUUAUACCCCACAGCUUACAUUAGAAGCAUAGCUUUGAAAUAAUGUCAACUGUAACUUACAGCAAACAACAACAUGGAGGCCAUUUUGGAAAGGCCUCUCCCCGAUACGCUCACACUGGCUUCCCACGCCAGUGGGAAAAGACAGUAGUGAAUAUGGAAGCCUAUAAAGGAGAAUGAGUGUGAAUCUGCAUCAUCACCACCACACCAUGUAGUUAAGUUAUCAACUUGUGUUUUAUGUCUUUCUUUCAGAUUAUUGCCACCGGGGUGUGCCGCACAGAUGAUCAUGCCAUGAGUCCAAGUUUUAAAGAGGGCCUUUUCCCUGUCAUACUAGGCCAUGAGGGAGCUGGAAUCGUAGAGAGCAUUGGUCCAGGUGUGACUAGAUUUAAACCAGGUACUGAUACAUUAUAAAUUGUCCUCCGUGCCAUUGGCCCAUUUCUCUUUUUAAGAUGCUCAACUGCCUGAAAGGUGGUGGUGGUGAUGGUGUUGUUGUUGUUGUUGUUAUUUUAAAUAAUCAAUACCUGCCCCUCACUCUAAGGUCCCAGGGUGAGUUACAACAAUUAAAUCAAAAAAAUUAAACAGUUUAAAACUGUAGUAGGCUAAAGGAAGUUCCUGGUUCAGAUGUUGCAUCUUCCAAAACCUCACUGGAUGGCCUCUGGCACGCCACACUCUCUCAGUCUGAGUGCAACUGCAACAGGAAGUACCUUAUAGGAUUGCCUGCAUUUUACAGAAUUUUUGUAAGGAUUGCAACUAUAUACAGUGGUGCCUCACAAGACGAAAUUAAUCCGUUCCGCGAGUGUCUUCAUCUAGCGGUUUUUUCGUCUUGCGAAGCAACCCUAUUAGCGGCUUAAUGGAUUAGCGCUAUUAGCGGUUUAGCGGCUAUUAAAGGCUUAUCGGCUUAGCGGAUUAGCUGCUAAAAGGCUAUUAAAGGCUUAGCGGCUUAGAUAAAGGGGGGGGGAGCGGAAAAAAAAUCUCAAGACUCGCAAGACAUUUUCGUCUUGCGAAGCAAGCCCAUAGGGAAAUCCGUCCUGCGAAGCAACUUAAAAACGGAAAACCCUUUCGUCUAGCGGGUUUUCCGUCUUGCGAGGCAUUCGUCUUGCGGGGCACCACUGUAAUGCACGUGAAGGGCUUUGAUUGCUUUAAACGGCUGUUCAAAAAAGGAGUGUUUUUAUUGUCAGGCAUAGGAGCCCAACUCCUAGGGGCUGAGGGGGCUUCCCCUCCCCCAAUAAAAUAUGUGAAGGGACCGGGGACCCUGCAAAGUUGAUGUGCAUUACCAUUCAAAUGGUGUGCGUGCACUGCGUCAUGUCAUCGAUUAUGUGGGGUGGGGCGUACCUCCCCCCCCAAUAUUUUAUUCAAGUUGGCAUCCCUGUUGUCAUGCAUGAACUCGCCUUUGAAAACAAUCUCAAAACUUCAACUGGCCCCCAACAGUGCAGUGAGAUUGCUGACUGGGCCUAGCCUAUACGAGAAGCUGGCAAGUAGGGGCUAUGGCAGGGGAGGCAGCCAGCUGACUUGCGGAGCAGUGCAGCACCAAAAGACACACACCCCAAUUUUCAGCUGAACAUUUUUGGAAGGUGUGAAUGUAGAAACUUCUGGAUUUUGCAUGGCUCAAAUGUAGCCUAUUAUGCUGUCAUAUAGUAAGAAUCGUAUCUAUUGCUCUGCCCACGUUGACAUGUGGCCCUUGGGAGGUUCUCUGUGAAAGAACACAGGCCUCAGGCUGGAAAAUAUUCCCCAUUGUCAAUAUAAACUCCUAAACAGCAUGCUUCCCUUUGUGUUGGUAUGAGGAGGAAGCUUUCACUUCUGUUUUGAAUUACCCAGUUUAACAUUGCACUUGAAUCUUAAGCUGUGGUUAAUCUUAACUAUGGUUUGUUUGAAGCAAGACAGGUUCAUGACUCACAGCUAGACCAUUUCAAACCAUCAGAUCCACCACAGAUUGUUCAACUGUAGACAACAGGACAAGCUGCAGUUAAUCAAGAAUGGAAGCAAAAGCAUCUGAACAUGGCUUUGUGAUCAGGCUAGAAGAGAGGGGAGAGUUCAUGAGCCCAAGGCUUGCCUUGUACCGAAGUUCAUAGCAGAAAUAAAUGUAAUACUGCAUGCGUUCUUGUUGUUUUGUUUAGGUGACAAAGUUAUCCCGCUGUACCUUCCUCAGUGUGGACAGUGCAAGUUCUGCUUGAGUCCCAAAACUAACCUCUGUGAACGGAUCAGGUACACAUUUCAAGUAAAUUUAUUUGAGGCACCAAUUACUGCAGCUGCCACAUUGUUUGCCCACAUGUGCACUCUGGAGCCGGCUGAAGCCAACUCAAUAAACCAGGCAAGCAAUAUAUGCAAGUAACCUAGGUUAGGUUACCUAGCAAGUGAGCUGCAAAGCCAUCAGUAGAAAUAUUGCCAAAACCUGUUCCUUACCAGGAGGGAAAAUGAAAGCAAGUGAGGCAGUAGAGAGCUGAGCACAGUGCAAAUGCACCAGAGCCAAUCCAGUGUGCCUUCCAAAGUAGUUACACUGUGACAACCUCCCUACCGCUUCCUUCAUGGUGAGGAAGAGUAACCCAACUGCCAGGAAGCUAGCACAGCAUCUCUGCCCUAUCUACCACCCCACUUGUGUAUAUAUUGUUUCGGGGGACCCACUUUUUGUUUAAAUCUACACAUCUGUGUAGAUACAUCCAAACCUCUCUAUCUCGUCCUUGGGACUCUCCCCAACCUACAUACUCUCCCCAGUCAUGCCUGCUACUGGUUCUGUUUCACCUCCUUCUCAAGCAUUUUUUUGCCUGCCUGGAAUGUAUCCUUGAACUCUGAUCAUGCUUGCUGCUUAUCUAGAUGGAGGAUUGAGCUAUGUGUGUAGAAAUUUUAUGCAUACAGUAUUUAUACUUAGAAGUUAAAUAAGCAAAUUUGGAUCUUAACAUGGGCGUAGCCGGGGGGGUCAGGGAGGGGCAGCUGCCCCCCAAUCAAUAAAAAUGAAAAUACAUAGGUAACUGAGAUUCUACCCUCCCCCAACAUAAGACCUGCCCCCACCAACAGAAGGCCUGCCCCCCCCCAACUAAAAUCCUGGAUGCCCAUGGAUGUUCAUACUUCACUUUUGUUUUUUUCUUCUUCAGCAAAGCAAAGACACCAAUUUCUGACCAAGACCUGAUGCCUGAUGGCACAAGCAGGUUCAUGUGCAAAGGAAAGCAGAUUUACCAUUUCAUGGGAACCAGUACCUUCUCCGAAUACACAGUUGUGGUAGAAAGCUCUCUUGCCAAAAUUGAUCCUGCUGCUCCUCUAGAUAAAGUCUGUUUGAUUGGGUGUGGCUUUUCCACAGGUUAUGGGGCUGCUAUUAAUACUGCCAAGGUGAGUUCAUGAUGGCUCAAGUCUUACUUUUUAAAAAAUAAUUAACAGGGGGAGGGGAGGUAUCAACAUUUUUGCCAUGUCAAGGCCAACUAGAAUCUUUACAAAAAUAAGCAGUUGGCAGGAUCCCAAAAGCCUUUUACUUCAACCCCUUGCUAAGCAAGAUGUGCUCAGACUACUAGUUUUAAGUGCUGAUUCAAAAAAGAGAAGAAUUUCCCAGAAGACAAGAUCCAAAUUUGGGGCAAGUACUCUUUGAUGAGAGAAUCCCAGCAGAGAUUUAAAAUCACAAAAUAUGCAGCAAAGUAAAGCAUGGAAAUAUAGGCUGUAAACGCUUUAAGAUACGCCCUUCCAAGUGAAUUCCAAAACUGUCCCAUUUAAAAGUUCCUUCCAAAGUGCUCCACUUUCCCCAGCUUAGGGAAAGACCAUGCAUUUGAUAAGUAAAAAAUGUGUUUACUUACAAACUCUCCAAAGGUCAGAUUCAUCUGCUCUUCUAUACAUCCAUCAGAAAAGUAAAAGGCAGUAAAACAUAGCUUAGCUACAAAGUGGUGAAAGUUCCUAAACUAUUGGUACAGGAACACAUUAGAGGCUUAUGAAAGCCAUGAAGUUGAGCUGGAGCAACCAGCUCAGCCCUCCUCACACACUGAAUUCUCAAGUAGGCUGGGGGGACAGAGACAAAAGCUUGAUUAUCUAUUUAUUCCCAAGGUAAAAGGAAGCAACAUAGCUUAAGCAGGCUAGACAGCUUACUCUAUGGUAUUAACCUCUUCAUGCAUUUAUUAGACCAGUGUUUUUCAAUCACUGUUCCGCGGCAUACUAGUGUGCCGUGAGAUGUUGCCUGGUGUGCCGUGGGAAAAAUUGAAAAAUUCGAAAGAUUUUUUAAAAAAAAUUUCAAUUUUUCGCCCACUAGGCGGGCGCCGGACUGUGUCCUGGGUAUGGGGGGGGUUUGACCCCACCCUCGGCCAGCAGGCGCGCCGACUGGCGCUCCUCAGGGGGACACCCUCCACUUUUCUUAUGUCCAGGCUGUGAUUGGUCCAGACUCCAGCCUGGACCUAUCACAGUAGGACAUCAUCUUCCGACUUCCUUCCCGCCCGAGCACAGUGUGCGCAGCAGCGGAGAGAAGAAGACGUCGCGACUCAAGUCACCAGGAGGACCAGAGAAGUUGUCAUUUUAUUUCUCUUCAGUCUCCACUGAAUGCCUUGACUGGGUUAGGGACCCUUAUAGCUCAGCAUCAGUCGGUGGAAAGGACAUGACUUUACAGGAGCAGGAGGAACUAACUGAACUGAGACAAAAUCGUGGUUUCAAGCUAAGAUUUGCUGAUCUACCUUUGGACAGUUUUUGGUUGGAUACUGCCUAGGAGUUACCCCUUCUGGCAAACAAAGCUAUUUUGACAUUGCUCCCAUUUUCCACUACAUAUCUGUGUGAGAUGAGCUUUUCAAGCAUGAUUGCUAUAAAAACUAAAUACAGAGAGAGACUGAGAGCUGUUGACGAAGAGCUACGUGUGUGUCUUUCUUCGAUUCCAGCCAGAAUAUCAGCUUUGUGUUCAGCCAAACAGGCCCAGGUUGCGCACUGAAUAAAGUAUUUUAUAAUUUUUCAUAUUUCUGUUUACUUGUGUUUAGUUGAUUCCUAUUCAAGAGAAUUACUUUAUAUAUAGUCAAUAUAGGCACAGAGUUAAUUUUUUUAACAUUUUCUAAUGGUGGUGUGCCUCGUGAUUUUUUUCAUGAAACAAGUGUGCCUUUGCCCAAAAAAGGUUGAAAAACACUGUUUUAGACUUAAGCAUAUUGGUUAUAUGAGGCUGGUCAUCCUACAUUAAGUUGGGCCUAAUUCUCUCUGCAGUGCUACAGCUGUGUCAACAGUUUUACUUCAGACUGCAAGUGGAGGCACAGCUAACUGAAUGUCGCAGGGUGAGGGAACUAUCAUGUCAAGAAGACCAGAGUAGAAAAUUAUUUCCUCUCUACAUUUAGUUUUGUAUAUGGGCAGAUUUUGUUUAUUUUUGCAUGGGGGAUGCACAAAGGGGCAGGGCUCUCUCCCUUAAUAGUUGUGUAGAAGAGGAAAUUCCACCCACCCUGUGGUUUACUUUUGUUUCAGCCAAAUAGAUAAGAGGUUCUUUGUUAAAAAAGAAAAUCCAGAUAUUAAAAAUAGUUCCAUGUGAAUUUCUCUCAUGUUAUUCUAGGUUGAGCCUGGAUCUACAUGUGCUGUCUUUGGUUUGGGAGGGGUCGGCCUUUCUGCUAUCAUGGGCUGCAAAGCAGCUGGAGCAUCUCGUAUCUUUGGGAUUGACAUUAACAAAAGCAAAUUUGCAUUAGCAAAAGAGCUGGGAGCCACUGACUGCCUCAGUCCUGAGGAUUUCAAGAACCCCAUACAAGAGGUUAUAGCUGAAAUGACCGAUGGAGGAGUAGAUUUUGCCAUUGAGUGCAUUGGAAACAUAAAAGUAAUGGUACGUAUUUUAGCAUUCACUUAAUAAAGUUACAAUGCAGUAAAGAUUGGUAAUAAAAGCAGGAAAGCUAAAAUAUUAUGUUCUAAGUAAGGAUGAGCAAAAUCCAGCAACUGUAAUGAGAAAGCUGUUCAAUUUUAUCUAAGCUUUUCCUGAAAUUCCACCAGGAAUUCCCAGAUUUUCUCAAAAUCCAUCCCUAAUGAAUGUGGCCUUGCUUAGUUUUUUCAAGAGAACUCAUAAGUCUGUCUUUUAAAGCUGAUCAGGUCUCCUGAGUUCUAGACUAAUGCAACUACCACAUCACACCAAGGUCCGACUUGCAGGUUCCCAUUAGGGAACCUCACUUUUUGUUUACAGUGUCAUAGAAAACUCAGCUGCUCAACAAAGGAAGCAGUUUGUCUCUCCCAUUUGUCACAUCUUAUUUACUAUCUGAUGCGAUUUUGAGUUUUUUGGGUUUUUGCUUCCUAUAUGAUCAUUGUAAGCAUAUUCAUAUAUAUAUUCCUAUUUGAAUAUAGUAAACCUAGGUCAGGGCCAGCCCACUAAAUAGGCAAGGUGAAGCGACUGCCUCAGGCAGCAGGAUUGACAGGGGUAGCAGAUCCCAAUGUAGAUCUUUAUUCUCUUCUUGCACCUCAUGUAGAACUUCACACUCCCCUUCUCCCAUGGCAGGAAGGGAGGCACUAUUUUGUGAUUCACCUCAGGUGCCAAAAUAUCUUGAACUGGGCCUGGCAUAGGUAAAUAUAAGAGUGGCUACGUGGCUGACCAACAUUAGAACUUGGUGGAAACUAAGUAAGGACAUAGGUUUGGGUAAACUGUUCAGAAACAAGCAGAAAUAGCAGGUGUGUGGUAAAGCUGGACUAUACUGGCACUCGAAAGAGCCAUCUUUCCACCUGCCUAAUGCCUUCAGGACAUCUAUGUACAGUGGUGCCCCGCAAGACGAAUGCCUCGCAAGACGGAAAACCCGCUAGACGAAAGGGUUUUCCGUUUUGGAGGUGCUUCGCAAAACGAAUUUCCUAUGUGCUUGCUUCGCAAGACGAAAAUGUCUUGCGAGUUCCUGCAGGUUUUUUCCUUUUUCCCAAGCCGCUAAACCGCUUAUCAGCUGAUGGCUAAGCCGCUUAACAGCUGAUGCUAAGCCGCUUAUCAGCUGAUCGUUAAGCCGCUUAUCAGCUGAUCGUUAAGCCGCUUAUCAGCUGAUCAUUAUGCCGCUUAUCUGCUUUUCUUUAAGCAGAUUAUCAGCUGAUCCACUAAGCCUGCUAAGCCCUGUAGCACUAAUCCGCUAAACUGCUAAUGGGCUUGCUUCCCAAGACGAAAAAACCCGCAAGACGAAGAGACUCGCGGAACGGAUUCUUUUCGUCUUGCGAGGCACCACUGUAAAAUGUAGCUAGGGGGACAGGCUAUGCUUAGUGUCAUGUAAACUGGAGAGAGGGGGUCUUCAUACCUGGUGGGUGACAGGAGAUAUUUCUGCAAUGCACACAACACAGAGACAAGACUUUCUUGCCUUAAUGAGAUGGUAAGACCUCUGCAAAUGGAAACCUGUCAAUGCACUGGUGCCAAAUGGUCAUUCAACUGCAGCAUAUAACUCUGGGUGCUUCCCCAGACAGGGACUUAAUUUGCAAAUGAAAUAUUGCAAAUGGAUUUUGGGAACAGAUUUUUAAUUAUUAUUCAUAGUAUUUCUUCCCGAAAGCGUAAAUCAAGAGUAAAAGAAGGGGCAAAUAUAGGCUACUAUUUUGAUGCUGAUAACAUCAUGUGCACACUGCUAAUAUUUAUUACUAGCAUGCAUAAAGAGCAUCCAUUCCACGCUAAGCACUCAUCUGGAAGCCCUCUCUUUAAAUGUUGCAGAAGCCAGUGAAAGUCAACUGGGAAUGUUGUAACUCCAUUUGAACUCAUGGGCAGAGCUGACUUUGUGGCUCCUAAUUAUAAGCAGGACUGGGUUGUUAGUUUCCUUUGCCUUCCAGAAAGCUGCUCUCUGCUGUACCACUGUUGGCUGGGGCACCUGUGUAAUCGUCGGAGUGGCUGUGGGUGAAGAAGGAUUCGUUGUUUCUCCGCUGGACCUGAUAAUGGGCCGGAAAAUCAACGCCACCUUUUUCGGAGGUUAGUUUUUCCCUAACAGUAUAUAAAUGCCAGAAAUGGCAUUGAAGUAGUAUCUAGGAUUGAAAUAACACUUGCAUAGUUAUUUCUAAGUUUGCACAAUUGAUUUAUUUUAUUUUCCCUUUCAGUACUGCCAUGAUCAAGAUGGGCAGCACUGCUUUAAUUAUCUGCAAGAGCAGGGGUGACAGAACACAGCUUGUUUUCUUGUAGCUUGUCAUAAACACAUUUUACAGGUGUUCUGUCCCUCUUGCUGCUUUGAAUCCUGAAUCCAGCCCAUCUUCUUGCUCAGCUCAGAAUUGUGAUAAGGUGAUUUCUCCUUCGCUGAGCUGGACUGCACAUACAGGUGUUGCCAGGAACUAGUGAGGCACCUGCAGUGGUUUGGCAGGCCAGAUCCAGCCUGCAGGCCACAGGUUCACCACCCUGUGAUAUUACAUUAUAUUAUUUGUAUUACAUUUCUCUACAUUUUUGUACUGGACUACAGACAAGCAUGAUGCCUGAAACCCUUUUGGUCCGUAUACGGAUCGUGUCAGGAUCAGGAUCAGUUUCUGGCACUGGGUCAUCUCAUGCUGACCCAUUCAUGAUUUAAGAAGAGGUUGCAACGUGUUUCUAUGAGAGCCAGUGUGCCCACCAGCACUUCCUGCGAUGCCCACAAAAAGUUUGCUAAAAAAACCUGCAACACCUGAGACUAUUUGCUCUUUCUCUUCAGUUCCUGUUUGCCUGCUCAGCCUCUCCUAUAUUGAACAUGUUACCUUAAACAUGCCCACUUUUCUUUGGAUACUAGAACUGGACACAGGCCCUGUUCUGUCUGUUCUGAACAGAGGAGAGGUGCAAACAGCUUCUCUCUGUGAGCAAAUGUAGUGGUGAAAUAGAUUCCUUUGUCCCCACUGAUGGGGGAAUAUUCCCUCACCAUUGUGUGGCCCUAUGUCUUUUUUUCUGCUCUUUUUGAUGUGGCAUUCAUUACAUCACACACCCAAAGCAGUCAUUUUGUGAUGCACCACACUCCACAGCAUGCAUUUUGUAAGUGGUGCCCACGUCACUUUCACAAGAUCCCAAAUCUUCCCACUACACCAGAAAGGUUGGUGACCCCUGACUUAAGAGAAUGAAGUCUCAGAACAGUGGCACAUCGAUGGCACAUUCUAGAGCAUGCAAGCUUUUUUCUCAGUGGCUUUUAAAGGUCUUUUGAAAGUAAAAGAAUUAUCUCAGAUUACAUAAACUCUCACUGGAGCACUAGAGAUUUCUUAAGCAAAGGAGACACUAAAUAGAAAGGCAACAAGACUUGUACUAAAUAGAAAGUUAAUGGGGAAUGAGGCCACACAGAUUUUAGUUACUGUCCCACCGUACUAGAAAAUGCCUUAGUCCCAGUAAUUCCUACUAAUCAUUCAAUUGUUUUGCGGAUUUUAAGGCAGCCAAAGCAAUUAGUACAAAAUAAUUGUGAUUUAUUGUCAAUUGCUCAAAUGUUCCCAGAUCUGGAUGAUAUUUCUUUCUGAGCCAACCUCAAAGAACAUAACAGCUGGAAUGUUUUUAUUGAAUUGCCUCCCAUUUCUGGAAUCCAAAUAUCUGGUGGAUGUUAAAUGGAACAGCCUGUUCCACUUUUGAGAAAUAAAUGAAAACCUGUUUCGACAUCAUUCUAGAGUGUGGGCCCAUGCGCAGUGUGCCCCAGGAGCUGGGAAAGUGGGUGGUGAAACAGGAGGAAAAAUUGGCACAACAACAUUCAGGCAUUCAGAUCAUCCAUGCAGUUGGGGGGCAGUUCAUGAUGACUUGCUUUUUUUAAAUCGUUCAUUCUGAUUUUUUUGCAGGGAGGUUAAAUGAUAAUGUGUCAGAGCAAGCUUGAUCCCACACUUUUCUGUGCAUUUCCAUAUAGUUUUCCUUACACAAUAAAUCUGGGAAAACAAGUUUGUUGUACGACAUCUCCCAGUCAACAUGCUGGCAUAUUUGCGAACAGUGUCAUAUAAAAAAAAUCAGGAAUUCAGUUUUGAAUCUGUUUGUUUUCCCGCCUCACAGGCUGGAAGGGUGUGGAUUCUGUACCAAACCUGGUGUUGGAUUACAUGGCAGGGAAAUUCAGCCUGGAUGCCCUUGUAUCUUAUACUUUGCCUUUUGAUAAAAUCAACGAAGCAUUUGAUCUUAUGCGUCAAGGGAAAAGGUAAGGCAUUACAACAAACCCGAAACUCUUGGGGCAAAUUCACACAUACAUGUGUAUCACUCCCUUUAUUUCCUAUGGUCGCACUCUUAAGUUUUGUUGCUUAUUUAGCAAAAACAGCACCACAGACACAUAAGGAAUCGGCAGUCUUGGGGAGAGGACUCUGUGCCCUCUUCAGCUGGGCAUAUAAAGGAUGGGGCUGCUGGGGAUUGAACCUGCAAAACAACUGCUCUACCCACUAAACCCCUGGUGUGCAACCAGCCUAACUGCAUCACCAGAAAUAGGCCAGUAACAGAUGCUUAGUAUAGUCCCUUUUGCUAAUGAACACAUACAUUUCCCCCUCUUGCUUUUUACCUGUUUUGCAGCAACCGAACUGUAUUGGUGUAUUAAGAACCCAGUACAAACGCCGGAGGACUAGAAGCGCAACAAAAUGUGAUCUUUAUUCAAAUCUGCCCCACUGACUUCUGAUUAAUGUAUCCCCUUGGACAUUGUUUGUAAAAGCAUUUCUUUGUGAUACAUGAGCAUAGAAUUCAACAUCUCUAAGCCAUAGCUGUAAUACUUUAGAGCAACUUUUUUAGUUCCUGUACUGUCAGGUCACUAUUAAAACUGACAAUUCCUGUUGUGUUGUGUCACUCAUGAAUUAAUAUCUACAUAUGAAUAUUGUGUUGGCGCAUCACAUUUCUAAAUGUGUAGGGUCACUUGUGUACAAAAUCACUUUUCUGUUAAAGCUAUCGUGUGAAAACAAUAGAUUUAAUCUGAUGUCACAAUAAAACAUUUGCAAUAAGUUCCUCACUUCAG